AUGGCUUGGUGUGGUAGAAGCCAGGUCCUCCCCUCAGGCUCUAGCCUUACCCGCUGCAGUUGCCUUCAGACCUUUGCCACUUUCACCCUCCUCCUCCUCCUCCUCUACCCAUCCCCCAGCUGCUCUGCCUGCCCAGCUGUUUGCAGCUGUACCUCUGGGGAAAUCAACUGCAUGGAACACAAGCUGCGCUGGGUGCCGGAGGACCUUCCAGCCAAUGCCACCACUGUCCUGCUGGACUACAACCGCAUUGCUACCCUCCAGAACCGCACCUUUGUCGUCCAGGGCGCCCUGCGCCACCUGAGCCUUCGGAGCAACGUCCUCGGGGUCAUCCACCCCCAGGCCCUGGCUGGCCUUAGUGAGCUGCGGGAACUGGACCUGAGUGGGAACUACCUGAUUGUCCUGCAACCCAAUACUUUCCUCCCCGUGCCGAGGCUGAGGAUGCUGAACCUGGGGAACAACAAGCUCUUGACACUGGAGCCAGAGCUGCUCAGGUCCUUGCCCCACCUCGAGUCUCUGUUUCUGCAGGGCAAUGCACUUGUCUCACUCUCGCCCGACCUCUUCAGCAACCUGCCUUCCUUGCACUUCCUCAGGCUGCACAACAACCCCUGGGGGUGCACCUGCGCCAUCCAGCCCCUCUACCAGUGGCUCACUGACAACGUGGAGAAAGUCCCAGGUGAGCAGGACUCAACAGGGAAGGGGUUGGAAAGCUCACCUGUAGCUGGUGGCUUUAACAACAACAACAAUCACCUUUAUUUAUUGUUUUAUUUCAUGAAAUUUAUAAACAGUAGACCCACAACUUAGGCACAUUUAACUUGUGCACAUUUAGCUUUAUACGCUUGGCAAAAAAAUAUUUUAAAUCUUUUUUUAAAAACGGGUGUCUGGGGGAAAAAAUGAUGUUGACAAUUCCACCAGCUUCCACCAGCACUCGUGUUUUGACUCUACACAAUUUUGGAUUUAUGCACUAUCCCUGAAAUGUAACCCUCAUGUAAGAUAAGAGUUGACUGUACUGCUUGACUGUAGGAAACCUCAAAGUGGUUGAAAUUUUUAUUAUCAGUUAUCUCCACUGCCCUUCAAAGUUCCAGCAAUACAAGUCUGUGAACACAGUUUCUCAAAACAAAUAAAUAAAUUGGAGCCAUAACAAUUUUUUUUAGGGGGAGGAUUCAGUUUCCCCAAGCAGCUUGCCAAAAAGAAUACAUGGUGUGUGGUGGGUGAAGCAGGGCAGCUGGACGCAACUGGCUUUUAUUAUAGCACCAUCAGCUCCUUUAGAAAUGACUAACCAUCUGUUUGUUCAUUUAGGGUUGUAUCCAACAAAGUUCAAAGCAGACCCAUCGGAACAAAUGAACCUAAGUUAGCCAUGUACAUUAGUUUCAGCGGGUCUCCUCUGAGUAGGACUAACAUUGGAUACAAUCUUUAUUUCUAAAUUAGAUUCCUUCCCGGCCAGACACCCGGGGGGGGGGCGGGGUCACAACUAUCUCUGGUUUGGCAAUUAAUCAUGUAAAAGACAUAUUGAUGGAUUUUUAUGGAAGUUAUGCACCACAUGGAACUGCUGUUUUGAUUUCUUUUCUGGCUAACUUUAGAACAGCAGGUGCCUUGGUCUCCCUAAAAGGUCCUAGCAGAAGCAACCUCCAAGCAAUCCACGUUAAUUCCUUUGUCAGGCAGCUUAAGAGCUUAAACCGGUUUGUGCUUGUUGGUUAGCAAUCCUCUGGUCCAACAUCCCCAACUGCUGCAAUAACCACAGCCUUGCCCUGAGUCUCUGUCUCUCCCUUUUCCAGAGGUGGACUCUGUCUCUUGCAAACGCCCCACACAGCUCACCCAACAUCCCAUCGCUGCCAUUGGGAACGAGUCCUUUGCUCACUGCCGGGAGCCCUGGCUGAACAUAAAAGAUUAUGCUUUCUUCCUGCUCAUUGGCCCAUCCACCUUCUUAACCAGCAUCUGCAUCUGCAUCCUCUUCGGCUCGCUAGUGGUGGCCCAAGCAAAGAUCCUCAAGGUGUCGUCCAUCCGGCCAGGAGCCCUGGCAAGGCGUGCAGACCGCGGUCCUCGCUAG